AUGUUGUCCCGGAGUCGCUGGCUGGGGAUCCCCCCCCACAUCCCCUUCGAGAUGAUCACAGGUGACGACCGGUUCCAGGCUGAAGCCACGAGCUGGGAGCUGUCGCCUCUGGACUCCUGCCACUGUCAGGUCACGGUGCGGCUCCGCUCGUCCUGUGCCGACCUGAGUGAGGAGGAGGAGGAGGACGCGGCCAAGCUGGGGGUGGACUUGGUCAACUGCCCGGCCAGCGCCGAGGGUCACCGGACAUACCCCUGCACGCCAGACAUGGAGGGGCAGGAGGAACGGCCGGCCGGGUGGCUGCGGCAGAGACCAGAGACCCCCAUCCACCCCAGCCUGCAACGGCCGGCACUGGGCGAGACCCUCAUCACCGACGGGCAGCACUGGGUGGCCCAGCUCAUGGAGGACAUCACCCAGCGGAUGGGGAACGUGAGCAGCCGGGGGGCCGCGGGGCUCCGGGAAGGGCACCGGGUUGUCCUGUCUGACAUCCACCACACACGUGAAAAAGAUCAGGAUGUCUAUUCCCAGCUAGAGAGCGACCUGGCCCUUCUCCUGGCCCAGCAGCGCCGGGUGGAGGAGGUGAUGGAGAAGCUGCGGCAGGUCAACCAGAGCCUGGGGCUGAUGCUGGCGACCAUGGAGGAUGCACAGAGCCGGCUGGAGAACCAUCUGCAGCAUCUCCACGCUGACCUCGACCCAGCCGGUUGGAGCCCAAGUGCCAUCUCCACCUGCAUCCUACAUGGCUCCUACUUUGUCCUGCUGGUCGUACUACUGGUGCCCAUACUGCCCCGUGCCAUCCUCCUCCUCUUCUUCCUCGCCUCCAGCGCCCUGGGCGAGCUCCUUGGCAUCCCGGCACUCUCUGCUCUCCUGGCCCUUGCCGUGGCAGGGCAGUGGCUGGUGGCGGCCACCCGCCGCGGUGCUGGAGGAGCCUGGCUGGUGCUUCCCCGCAAGGACCCCCAUCACCGGCUCACCUCCACCCCGGAUAGGGAGCACAAAAUGGAGCUGUUGCAGGAGGAGCUGGAGAGGAUGGAGAUGAGCUGCCUGGAAGAGCCCUCGUGCCUGGAGCAGCCCCCAGGGAUGGCAGGGGACACCCCUUGCUUAGCAGGGUGGGUGUCACCCGUCCGCGGUACCUGGAGGACAAAGCUGAGCUCGUGUGGGGUGAUGCUGGAGCCGGCCCUGGGUACUGGGAAGCGCUGGGAGCCCAAACCCUGCAACCCGAGCCAGUCUCUGGCCAGCAACUUGUCCUUGCUGUCCCCACGGUCCCCAUGCCAGGGGCUCACCAAGGCUGGGCAACGAUGCCGGAAGAAAGCCAUCCCCGGGCAGGACUUCUGCCAUGUCCACAGCACCGGUUGA